AUGACCAAUUCUGAAGACGAUUUAAUGGACGUAAAGUUUGUCAACUUAUCUGACACCCAAGAAAAUCAAUUAAGUCUUGAUAUGGCAUCAGCUACAAAUAAAUGGAGCAUCGAAUGUAAUCAAUGCAGUGUUCCUAUUACGGGAAAAUAUAAGGCAAAAUGCAUGGCAUGCAAAAAAUACUAUUGUGACCAAUGUGUCGACGGUCCCAUAUAUUUUGACUACAUCUGCGAUACUUGUUACGGAGUUCAAGCCAAGAUCGGUGUGAUCGAAAACCGAAGGACAGACGGCGUUUCGCUUAGAAAGAAAAGUGAAGCUUGGGAAGAAAUUACCUCUCAAUUCAAUAAUUCGAACGUGACACAAAUUGCUGAUACUAAACAAUUAAAAAAGAUGUGGCAAAAUUUAAAAACCAAGGCCAGGGAUGCCAAGACUCUGGAGGCCCAAAGGAAAAGGACAGGCGGAGGAUCAGCUCUGUCAGAUAUGGGACCUUUGGAGUCUCAAAUGAUAGCUGUCAUGCCAAAUGUUUUGCUAUCCAUCAACAUAGAAAUUGACAGUGAUACAAUUGCUACCGGUAGUACCCUUGGACUAGACAACGAUGAGCAAAUGUGGCUCCCAAAGAGAGUUCGUAUGUCUGAUAUGGAGCAAAAUAAUAAUAUAGAAAUAGAAUUCUCAGAUGACGCUGAUACUAAACAAUUAAAAAAGAUGUGGCAAAAUUUAAAAACCAAGGCCAGGGAUGCCAAGACUCUGGAGGCCCAAAGGAAAAGGACAGGCGGAGGAUCAGCUCUGUCAGAUAUGGGACCUUUGGAGUCUCAAAUGAUAGCUGUCAUGCCAAAUGUUUUGCUAUCCAUCAACAUAGAAAUUGACAGUGAUACAAUUGCUACCGGUAGUACCCUUGGACUAGACAACGAUGAGCAAAUGUGGCUCCCAAAGAGAGUUCGUAUGUCUGAUAUGGAGCAAAAUAAUAAUAUAGAAAUAGAAUUCUCAGAUGACGUACAAAAAAAAGCCCAAAGCCGAAACAGGGAAAACAGAAAAAAACUUUUGAUGAACUGA